AAUUAAUUAGAAGACUCAGUAAUAGGCUAAUGGCUAACCAUGGAGCUUCUUCCUCUCUUCCCAACUGCAGUUACUGGUUUCUUUGCAUUUCUAUUCUUCCUGUAUUCUUUGUUAUGGAUAUCAAAACGUGUUCACAAAAAUUCAAGCAACAAUGUUGCGAUACCAGAACCUGGCGGUGCAAAGCCUUUGAUUGGCCACCUCCAUCUCUUAAGAGGCUCAAAACCUGCACAUAUAACACUGGGAAACAUGGCUGACAAGUACGGUGCGAUCUUCAUGAUCAGGAUGGGUAUGAAUCGAGCUUUGAUUGUAAGCGAUUGGGAGAUUACUAAAGAGUGUUUUACUAUCAAAGAUUUAGUCUUUUGCAAUCGCCCGAAAUCUCUAGCCGCAGCGAUCGUGGGCUACAACUAUGCUAUGAUGGGUUUCAGUCCUUAUGGUCCUUACUGGCGCCAAAUCCGCAAGAUAGCUACGCUAGAACUUCUCUCAAACCACCGCCUGGAAAGGCUAAAAAAUAUCCGAGAAUCUGAAGUGAAGGCGUCUGUCAAAGAAAUAUAUGAUCUAUGGAUGAAGAACAAAGGCAGUACAACAAAGGAACCGGUGUUGGUGGAGCUGAAGAGAUGGUUUGGCAAGAUAACAUUGAACGUUGUGCUAAGGAUGGUUGUAGGAAAAAGCUUCGUGGGGGGUACAACAAAGGAAGAGAGUGAAGAGAAUGAACGUAGCAAAGAGGCGAUAAGGAAAUUUUUCGAAUUAAAUGGGGUAUUUCCACUUGCAGAUGCACUGCCGUUUAUGAGGUGGGUCGAUUUAGGAGGACAUGAGAAGGCGAUGAAGAAGACUGCAAAAGAACUUGAUGAAGUUAUGGAAGGGUGGUUAAAGGAGCAUAAGCAGAAGAGAAGCACAGAUGAGGUGAAAGGUGAGAAAGAUUUCAUGUACGUGAUGCUUUCCCUUCUUGAUGAAGCUCAAGAGCUUCCUAGUUAUGAUGCCGAUACCAUCGACAAAGCUACCUGUCUGGCUAUGAUAUUGGGAGGCACAGACACAACUACUGUUACACUCACAUGGGCUGUGGCUUUACUUCUCAACAACCGUCGUGCCUUGUAUAAAGCCCAAAACGAAUUAGAUACCCACGUUGGUAGGGGAAGGCUAGUGCAGGAAUCAGAUAUUAAAAACUUGGUCUACUUCCAAGCUAUCCUAAAAGAAACAUUACGUCUGUAUCCUGCAGCCCCACUGGCUGUGCCACAUGAAUCCUUAGAAGACUGCAGCAUUGGUGGGUACCAUGUGCCAGCCAGAACGCAGCUUAUAGUCAAUCUGUCAAAGCUUCAUCGAGAUCCCAAAGUUUGGUGCAAUCCUGGCGAGUUUCAACCCGAAAGAUUUCUUACCACCCAUAAAGAUUUCGAUGUCCGGGGCCAGAAUUUUGAACUGUUGCCAUUUGGUAGUGGAAGAAGAGUGUGUCCGGGGAUCUCUUUUGCUCUUCAAGUUAUGCAACUCACACUUGCUAAUUUGCUGCAUGGAUUUGAGUUUGCAACCCCAAAUGGUGAACCAGUUGACAUGGUUGAAGGAAUUGGUUUGACAAACCUGAAGGCCUCCCCCCUUGAGGUCCUUCUCACAUAUAUGAAUAAAUGGGCUAUUGGUUUGUGGUCUUAUGUGUCUCUUCAUGCUUGUGGUGUCAGGUUUAUGCAAUUUGGGACGCUUUUAUCUUGUACUAUACUGAAAUUGAAAUGGAUUGGUUCUGUAGUGUCACAUAAUAUUAUUGGAAAGUAAUUUUCCAGAUCCUUUGAAUUCA